CAGUUUGGGGUGCGGAUGAAGUCCAACAUGCGGCGGAAGCGGUACGCGCUGACCGGGCGGCGCUGGAGCCAGAGCCACCUCACCUUCAGCAUCCAGAACUACACAGAGAAGCUGGGCCGCUACCACUCGUAUGAGGCCAUCCGCCAGGCGUUCCGUGUGUGGGAGCAGGCCACGCCGCUGGCUUUCCAGGAGGUGCCCUACGAAGACAUCCGCCAGAAGCGGAAGAAGGAGGCUGACAUCAUGGUGCUCUUCGCCUCGGGCUUCCACGGGGACAGCUCCCCUUUCGAUGGCGUCGGGGGGUUCUUGGCUCACGCUUAUUUCCCUGGCCCGGGGAUGGGGGGGGACACUCACUUUGACUCGGAUGAGCCCUGGACGCUGGAAAACACGGAUGUGUCGGGGAACAACCUCUUCCUGGUGGCUGUGCACGAGCUGGGGCACUCGCUGGGCCUGGAGCACUCUAGCAACCCCAGUGCUAUCAUGGCCCCCUUCUACCAGUGGAUGGACACGGAGAACUUCCAGCUCCCUGAGGACGACCUGAAGGGCAUACAACAGCUAUACGGUACUGCGGAUGGGCACCCUCAGCCCACCAAGCCCUUGCCCACUGUGACACCUCGGAGACCUGGCAGGCCGGACCACAGACCCCCCAAACCGCCUCCGCCAGGGAAACCAGAGCGGCCCCCAAAACCUGGCAGCCCAGACCGACCCGACCAGUACGGCCCUGACAUCUGCGAUGGGAACUUUGACACAGUGGCGGUGCUGCGGGGAGAGAUGUUUGUGUUCAAGGGCAAGUGGUUCUGGCGGGUCCGGCACAAUCGGGUGCUGGACAACUACCCCAUGCCCAUCGGGCACUUCUGGCGGGGACUGCCUGGGGACAUCGAUGCUGCCUACGAGAGGCACGAUGGGAGAUUUGUCUUCUUUAAAGGCAACCGGUACUGGCUCUUCCGUGAAGCCAACCUGGAAGCUGGGUACCCGCAGCCCCUGUCCACCUACGGGCAGGGCAUCCCCUACGACAGCAUCGACACUGCAGUCUGGUGGGAGCCAACAGGGCACACCUUCUUCUUCCGUGGAGACAGAUACUGGCGCUUCAAUGAGGACACGCGCUCAGUGGACCCCGGCUACCCCAAGCCCAUCUCAGUCUGGGUGGGCAUCCCCCCCUCGCCCAAGGGUGCCUUCCUCAGCUCAGAUGCCUCCUCCACUUACUUCUACAGAGGCACAAAGUACUGGAAGUUUGACAACGAGCGGCUCAGAACGGAGCCGGGUUAUCCCAAAUCCAUCCUGCGGGACUUCAUGGGCUGCAAUGUGGAGCUGGUCCCGGAGCCCAGCCCGCCGCGCUGGCCCGACGUGGACCGACCGCCCUUCAACCCCGACGGUGAUGAAACGCCACGGGAUGAUGGCGACGAGGAGGAAGAGCAGGAGGACGAGGAGGAUUAUGGCGAAGGCGGCCGCGAGAAGGGCGGUGAUGUGGACGUGGUGGUGCAGAUCGAUGAGUACACGCGCACCAUGAGUGUGGUGAUGGUGCUGGUGCUGCUGGUGCUGCUGCUCUGCAUCCUCGGCCUCAUCUAUGUCAUCGUGCAGAUGCAGAGGAAGGGCACACCCCGAAUGCUCUUGUACUGCAAGCGCUCCUUGCAGGAGUGGGUCUGACCCCCGCCUUCCUCCCCCCCCUCCCCACCACCAUGGUGCUAACAAUGAGCCCGCCCCACCCUGCCCUCCCCAGCGGCAUAUUUAUAUGCAGAGGUUGGUCCCGUUCCCCUCGCUCCCUGCACACUCUGCCACCCUCUGGUUUGGCUCCAGAAAGGGGGGACGCUGCCUGCCCCAGCCCUGGGCUGAGGGCUUCCCAGAGCCCCUGGCCUGAGUGCAGCCGGGUGCCACAGCACCAGGGCUGGGGUGUGGGCGAGGAGCUGGGGAGAGUUGAAGUCCCCCAGGCUGGAGGUGCCCCUCUGUCUUGGCAUCUCCAAUCACCUUGUCUUGCGUGCCCCAGCCCAGCUGCAUUCUUUGGUCUGAUCUGUGGACGCUGCUUGUGCGUGCAGGGCAGAGGGGUUCUGUGCUGCCCACCCAUGACCCCAGCCGGCAGCAGGUGGACAUAUGGAGCUGUGGGCACCUGAAGCACGAGGCAAGUGGGGCCUGAGCGUGGCUGGUGAUAGGAGACAGUGCAGGCGGGAGAUAAAGCGCCUAGCAAUGGCGCCGAGCUUGCAAACCCCAUCAGAAAGGCAGGCGAGGGGCCGAGCCCCCCCCCACACCCUCACAGGGCCUUUGGUUGGCAUUGGGUGUGAAGUGAAGCUGCGUCCGUACCCCCUGCCCAGCUCAGCCCCUCUUCCCGCUUUGUCUGCAGCACAGGCACCUGCUGCAGCUGCCGAAGCCCUCCAGGAGCGCGUUUCCCUUCGCAGAGCGUUGCCUCCCCCGGCCCCGCAGGCAGGGCAGUGGGCACGGGCGCCUUGUGCUUGUAUUAAACGGGUCGGGUGCGUGGA